UCCUGUUUCUCUGCUGCCGCCGGUGUUUGACAGCUGUGCCGGACUGGUCCGCGGUCCAGGGGAUUUAAAUUAAAGGAGUGAGGGGAGAAACAGCGCGGUCAAGCUUCACUUAAUGGGACUAACUCUAUGAAAGCCAGAGGAAAACUGCCGGACUCUAUGAUUUCAACCAAAACACCCGCAUUUAUUCGUCCUGCGUUAAGGUGUGAAACAUGGAGGAGCCACAGGAGCCUCAGGAGCCUCAGAGGAAAAUGUCAACAGCAGGAGAAAGUCUGUACAAAGUCCUGGGUCUGCAGAAAGGAGCUUCUCCGGAGGAGAUAAAGAAGGCGUACAGGAAAUUGGCGUUGCGGUUUCAUCCUGACAAGAAUCCAGACAAUCCAGAAGCUGCAGAGAAAUUCAAAGAGAUCAACAACGCCAACACUAUUCUCAACGAUGAGAACAAACGCAAGAUCUAUGAUCAGUACGGCUCCAUGGGCCUCUACGUGGCAGAGCAGUUCGGCGAAGACAGCGUCAAAUAUCACUUCCUCAUGGGCAAGUGUUGGUUCAAGGCACUUUUGGCGUUGGGCUGCAUUUUCACCUGCUGCUGCUGUUUGUGUUGCUGCUGUUUCUGCUGCGGGAAAUGUGGGAAAUCAGACGAAGAAGAAAGUUCCUUCUAUAUGGACCCAGACGACCUGGAGCCAGAGGUCGGAGAGGAGAAUGAAGCAGGAGAUCAUGUAAUAGUCGUUCAGCCGAGCUCUUCCGCUGCUGCAGAUGAAAACCCAGGAGGAGGUGGCGUUAUAAUCAUUCAGCCGAGCUCUUCUGCUGCUGCUGAUAAUAAUAACGGAGAUUUUGUAAUAUUCGUUCAGCCGAGCCCCGCUGCAGACCAUCGUAACGCAGGUGUGAACGCGCCAAUUGUGAUUCAGCCUCACGGGAUGGACGGAAUAGACGGGACGGAGUCGGUGGGGUCUGCAGACACCCAAGAAACGAACGAAUGAGUGAGUCCUAAAACGCUGAUGCUUUUCAUCGCGGCUGCUGAUGAAUAUAAAUACACCGUCUUUGUUUUCCUCAGAAACAAACUGCAUCUCAAAAAAAAACCCCAUCUCAUCUCAGAGCCGGAUCUGUUUACGUGAACCGGGCCAGGAUUUGAUUGUGCCUUAAUCCCUGUCCGUUUGCUCCUUAUCCCAUGUCAUUUGUUUAUGUUGUCGAACGUGGGGCCACGUCUCUGCCGCAGCUGACAAACGAUGAAGCCAAACAGAUCAAAGAUCUGGAAUGACUUUUUCACGUGCACUUUAAAAUCCUGAGCUGAUGUUUUUUUGUUUUUUGUUUUUUUUAAAUCACAAACUUGCCUCCAGGAGUGAACCGAUACCGUACUCGGCAUUUCAGUCUGAUACAGGCCGAUAUCACCACACUGGAUACUGGAAAAUCGAAAAUGAAGUAUGAUCUGUAACGGCUGAUUCACACACGCACACGCCAGGUGUUGUCGAACUGCAUUGUGGGUCCGUUGCUUUGUGGCACACAUUUAUGCGUUGGUAGCAAUAGCAUGGUUAAAAAUGAAACGGUACUAUGAUUUACUGUGGAACAAAUAAGACAGAAGUACGGCUAUUGAGAAAAGUAGCGUCUCGGAAUCUCAUGUUGUUUGGAAUCUGGCUCCCGGCGACAAAUGGAACGCAGCCUGACCUCCGAUAGCUACCUCCAGCAGCAGUCAUGAGCGAGCGCGUGUGUUGCUUCUUAAUGCAUCGGCUCAUUUAUCGUCAAAAGCCCCGUAUCGGACUGAUAUCGGUGAAAUUGAAGGUUGUGAUAUGGGUGUGGUAUCGGACACUUAAGUGUUUUUGGCUCCUUGUGGAUCAGGGUCAGAAAUGAUUGAGUGUGUUUUAAUCAGAGGGCAACAACGAACGAGGUCACAGAAACUGUAGAAAGAGGAUAAAGAUCUUCAUAAAUCAUUAUAUAGACCGUAGUACAGGUACUGCAGUAACUGUAGUACCUGUUAAUGUGCUCUAUCUGCACAUUUUGUGACCAUGAAGAAAAAAACGUGUGGAAUAUAUACAUAUAUUAUUAGGUACUAAUGAGAAUCACACAACACUGUUUGGUUGUAUUAUAAUUAUUCCUUUUUAUUUGCCAAACAUGAAAACAUGCCAAAUAGAUGCAAAAAUUGAGUUGAAAUACGUGAAAUUGAUACAUUAUGAAUGUUUUUUUGGUACCAUUAUAUUAAUAUAUAGCCUUAAAUGAUGUCAUAUUUUAUCAUGUUUAUAUUUCUACUGGGUGUGCUUCAUUGGGUUGCAUUAUUUAUUCAAAUCUGGAAGUUUUGCUCGGUUUCUGUUUGGGCUCAAACCUCUAACAAUGUACUGUAUUUAAUUAUUUCCAACAAGGUGCCUGAAUAUAUUUUAAAUGGGAAACGGUGUUUUAUUUGUUCUUCAUUUUCUUCCAUGAUCUUAAAGUUCUCAGGUAUUUUAUGGUUUCUCUUCAAACGUGUCCAUGUUUAUUAAACUGUUUUUGUAAAUUUGUCUGAUUAAUAAACUUGGGCGGAAACUGGAAAUAUU